AUGAAGACCAGGAAGCGAAAGAUUAUUCUGAUUGCUGCUGCCACUGUAUUAACUUGUGCCAUUUUUUAUGCAACAACCAAUCACCAUGCAACGAUACCAAUAAUGAGAACAAUAUACAAUCUCGACGUUGGGGGCAGUAUACUUUCAUGCAUUUCACGAGGUAAUUUGAACAACACUGAGAAACUUGUCAAUUUUUUGUGCGGUGAUAAUGAGGAUAGUCUCAAAAGAGCUCUGGAUAGAGUGGAAAUAGACACUGUGUCUGAAGAUGACAUGCACAAAUACCGUUUGGUGGAAGCUGUAGGAAAUAAGGACGAAAUGGAGAAAGAGAGAAUUAGGAAAAUGUUUUCCCACAAUCCCUCUGGAUUUGUUAGAAUGCAGAAUGAAAAGGAGUUGAAUCUUCACUGUGAUGUGUGUGCUCUCGUGUCCGCCUCGGGUCAGAUGUUGGGCUCAGGUGCUGGUGACGAAAUCGACAAUGCUACUUGCGUCAUUAGAAUGAACACAGCACCUACACGUGGAUACGAGAAAGACGUGGGCACGAGGACAACAUUGCGCAUGACAAGUUUCGUCAAUGUGCAGUGGCGAUUAUUCGACAAAGAAGAGUUGUUCGAGAAGGAAGGAGUAACAGGCACAUUUGUAAUAUGGAGUAGCAAUACCAAAGAAAUACGUAGUGUGGUGACCAGUGAAGCUAGGAGACUAAUGAAGAGGCAUCCAGAUCUAGAUCCGUAUAUUUCAACAUUUGAACUGAUGGACUAUGCCGAUCUACUAUUUCUAUUGGAAACGGGGCAGGAAAGAGAUGCAUCAGGUUCCUGGUUGACUACUGGUUGGUUCACGCUGAUAAUGGCUUUGAAGAUGUGUGAACAUGUGAAGAUAUUCGGGAUGAUUGAAUCGGGCCAUUGUAGCACUAUUCGGUAUUUCGAAGAUAGGCCUCAUCAUUACUUCGAGCCAACGGGUCCCAAAGAAUGUGCGUUCACUCGCUUACACGAAUCCGGUCUUCGUGGUGGACAUCGUUUCCAUACUGAAAAAUACAUCUUCAAGAAGUGGGCCAGGGUUUUCAACAUUACGUUUCACCACCCGUCCUGGGACUUAGAUCAAGAUGAUGGAAAAACAAUUUUCCUGCUUUCUGAAAAUACCCAUAGAAGAAGUUACUCUGGACCUGCGAGAUGGUGAAGCAUCGUCACAUCUCAGUCUAAGUUACAAUUUUGAAAUGCGGUGGUCGUGUCGCUGCGGCCUGUUUCACAUGGGUCCAUAGCAACGGAUACGACUAACGUAAAAUACUGUUUGUAUCACCACUCACAACGCCUUUAGUUACAGCCAGCAAUAAUGUUGAGUGAACUCUUGGCACCCACCUAAACCAAAUUUAAGUAGGAAAAUUAUCUGUUGU